AUGUGGCCCAAUAUUAGUGCUUCCCCCUUUCUGCUGACUGGCUUCCCAGGCCUGGAAACAGCUCAUCACUGGAUCUCCAUCCCCUUCUUUGCCGUCUAUGUCUCUGUGCUUUUUGGCAAUGGCAUUCUCCUCUACCUAAUCAAGGAUGACCACACUCUCCAUGAACCCAUGUACUAUUUCCUUGCCAUGCUGGCGGGAACAGAUCUGAUGGUGACAUUGACCACGAUGCCAACUGUAAUGGGUGUUUUAUGGGUGAAUCAUCGGGAGAUGAGCCAUGGAGCCUGUUUCUUGCAGGCCUACUGUAUUCACUCUCUUUCCAUUGUAGAGUCAGGUAUCUUGCUUGCCAUGGCCUAUGACCGUUUUAUUGCCAUUCACAAUCCCUUGAGAUAUAAUUCCAUUCUCACCAAUACUCGAGUGGUAAAGUUAGGGAUGGGAGCUUUUAUAAGGGGUUUCAUAUCCAUUGUGCCUGUAGUUGUGCGUCUUUUUUCAUUUGCAUAUUGUCACUCUCAUGUUCUCUCUCAUGCUUUCUGUCUUCACCAAGAAAUUAUGAAACUGGCAUGUGCUGACAUAACUUUCAAUAGACUGUACCCUGUCAUUCUGAUUUCUUUAACAAUCUUCUUAGACUCUUUGAUUAUCCUUUUCUCCUAUAUUCUAAUUCUUAAGACUGUCAUGGGCAUAGCCUCUGGUGAAGAGAGAGCCAAGGCCCUCAAUACCUGUAUCUCUCACAUCGGUUGUGUCCUCAUCUUCUAUGUCACUGUUAUCGGUCUGUCAUUUAUUCAUAGGUUUGGGAAAAAUGUGCCACAAGUGGUCCUCAUUAUAAUGAGCUAUGUAUACUUUCUCUUUCCUCCUUUAAUGAAUCCUAUCAUUUACAGUGUCAAGACCAAGCAAAUUCAAUAUGGCAUUCACCGCCUUUUAACUAAAUAUACAAUUGAAAGUUAA